AUGCAAGAGCAGGAGCGCCGCUCCCCGCCGCUGGAGACGACCAGGACGGCCUCCGACGAACUGCAGGUGCCUGGAUUAGGCCCGAUAACUGGGGGAUCUGAGGCGACCAUGGCGACCGGCGACAUGGCCUGCGGUGGUGUUGCUGGCGAGGAGGAGCGGGGGCCGGAGGGGGGCCCCGACAACGUCCGCUCAUCCUCGCCUUGGGUGGCUCUGCUGUCCGUCGUGGGAGGUUUGAAACCUUGCAGCUCCCACACUUUUGCCUGCCCCGAAUUCCAGCGCAAGCCACGCAGCCAUGUCCCCCGCGCCGCGCCGUCCCACCGGUGGGGCUUCAAGCUCGGGCCCGUUCUCCCACCGGCGCCGGUCAAGAAGAAGACCAGGAGGAAGAGGACGGCGAAGAAGCGGGACAGGCAGUGCGCGCUGUGCGACGCGACCGAGACGCCCCUGUGGAGGACUUGGCCGACCGACCGGCGGGUCACGCUCUGCAACGCCUGCGGGAUCGGGGUCAGGACACCCGGGGGGGUGCUGCCGGAGCUGGUGUACCUCCCUCAUCCGGCGACGGCAACGACGACGGUCGUCUCCGAGCUCCAGCAACCGGUGGCGCCCCCACAGGAGAUCCAGCCGGUCUCGGACUCACCCGGGGCGGCGCUCCCGGAGAAGGUGUACGUGCACCUCCCUCCUCCGGCGACGGCAACGACGACGGUCGUCUCCGAGCUCGAGCAGCCGCCCCCACAGGAGAUCCAGGACCCGGAAUCCCCGCUGGACAGCCCUAUCCUGGAAUACAUGAUAGAUGUCGACGUGUACCUGCUGAGGAGGACGUCGCCCAGGCGGGAGAAGUCUCCACCGCCGCCUCCUCCUCCUCCGACGACGACGACGACGACGGCGACGGCGACGGCGGCGGCUGCGGCGGCGGAACCCGCGCUGGCGCCGGCCCCGGGCAACGAGAAAGACAAGCCGAAGAAGUGGUGCCUGCACUGCGGCAUCACGUGGACCCUGCAGUGGAGGACGGGGCCGGCGGGCGAAAGCACGCUGUGCAACGCGUGUGGCGUGCGCUACAGGCAGGGCCGCCUGGUGCCGGAAUACCGGCCGAGGGCGAGCCCUACGUUCAACCAGUCGGAGCACGCCUACAAGCACCGCGAGGUGCUCAAGAUCCGCAAGAAGCAGGACCAUCCUGCACCGCCGGCGGCGUUCAAGCCUAUCCGGACCAGGAAGCGCCGCAAGGGCAAGGGCCAGCAGCAGCCUGCACAAAUUCGCAAGAAGCGCAAGCGCAGCAACGAUCAGAACCAGCCUGCACAAGCACAACCAGCUGCGGUGCCGGUGCUGCGGCACGCUGGUGAUGAGAUGGAGCAGCACCUUCCUCCUCCGCCACCGGAGCUGCCGCGUGCUGCUGAUGACAGGGAUACGAUGGCACAGCACCUGCCUCCGCCACCGGCGCAGCCGCACGCCGGUGGUGAGCUGAUAAUGGACAAGCCGCUCCCCCCACCGGACCCGUUCCUGUUCGAUGGGCCGGCGGCGCCAAGGAUCAUCGACGACGAUGAGCCUUGGGUGAUCGUGAUCGAUGACGACUAG